CUCAAGUGUUCUUACUUCUCAACUCUACAGUCCCACGUGAUGGCUGCAAGCAACAACGAUGGUCUGUGCCCCGACUGGAUCUACUCCGACUCUUCCAAUGUGCAUGUUGCAAAAGACAAAGCCUGGUUCACAUCCUACCACUCCUUCCAAUCCCAACUUAGCUCCAUCUACGCUAUCGGCGCUCCCAUCCCAGUCCUCGGAAUCGGCACCAUCAAGCUCACCGUCAAAGCCCUCCCAGGCUCCUUCACGAUCUACGGUACUUCCGUCAUCGAACUCCACAACGUCCUCCACGUGCCAAGCUACUUCUGCAACGUCCUCGGCAGACCACUCGCAAAUGUCUACGAAGUUGGUCUCGGUGGUUCAGUGCACGAGGGCGGUCCUCCGUCUCGAGGUGGACUGUUUCUUAGUGGCAGGCAGGUCGCGCACUUCCAAUCUGGACCUAUCAGCUUCUUCUCGCUCGCUGUUCUGCCUCCUAAGGGCAAGGGGUUCGGUGCAAGUCCGUUCAGUAAUGGAGCUUCGUGGGUGGUGAGCUGUCACUGGCCCUUAGAGGAACGAGUACGUUGGCAAGCUAUUCGAAACCAAACCAAACGGGAGUGGAAGCCGCCGCGGUACGAACCUCCGUAUACACUGGAGGAGCUCGAGCACGUGAACGAGCGUUGGGGGAGUGAGUUUCGAUUUCUUGCGCAGUAUCGGCUGAAGCUGCCUGAAGAAAAGGACCGGAGCGAGGGGAGGAGGAUUGUCAGGGAGCUUAUGAGGGGGAAGGAUCCAGCUAAGGAGGAGGAGAAGGAAACUGAGGUGGAAGGGAAGCUAAAGGAUUAUCUGAAACCGGAUGGUGGGACGAGUGCUAGACAUGCCAGAGAUCCUUCGGCGCCUAGGGUACCAUUUUUGUGACCCAUUGCAAGCGCUAGAUACGAGAGAAGGAGAGAAGGAGAGAAAGGUGCUGCCGACAAGCCAGCUUCACUCGCCUCGCCAUUCUUACAGUCUCACAUGCUCGUCUUCACGGUGCAGCUAUCAAUUACGGCUAAGAGGUCCAUGGACUUCCUCAAAUUUCCAUGCUUGACAUAGUAUUAACAUUACGAUUACAAUUUGAGUAUAUAACGCCUCGCUAGCUGCAACGUUACAGUCUGCAAAUGACUUCUUUUCACAUCGAACGCUCCAAUGCCGU